UACAAUAAAUAGAGGUUAAAUAAACUUUUUGCCGCAAACUAUCGUCGUUCCUGCAAGUUAAAAUAUGUCAGAAACUCUUAACAAACAUGUAGAAAACAUAACAAAUUCACAAGAGUCGAGUGAAGCUGAGAGUAUCGAAAAAUGCAAAAAUUGUGGAAAAGCAUGUGAUCCUUACAAUAAACCAUCGUUACGUUGUAACGGUGGAUGCGACAGAAGAGUACAUACCACAUGUUUAAAGAGAGGCAGCGUACCAGUUUCUUUUGUAGGAGAUGUUUUCUUCGAACUUAAUUGUGCCUCUUGCAAUCCACUAGGUGAGGAAACAGUUGUGCGCGAUAAAAUGCCAUGGCUUAAUGUCAUUAUUUUGACGCUUUACAAUCUACGUGAAAAGUCGAGUGGUAUCAGUAGAAGAGGAUACUUUCAUUGGAAGUCUGAUAUCACUGCUUUUGUAGACAGAAAUUGGGACUUUUUAUUUAAAAAGAGUGUAAAAAGGAAGAAGAAUUGGAUUGGUACCAUAUCUGGUACACUGUCUCAUUAUAGUGGUAUCUUUUUCAAAUCUGGUACCAAUGAAUUAGGAGAGUCUGGAUGGUGGAAACUAUUGGGCAAUGAGCCUCCUGAAAUUUUGAUAGCCAAAAAUAGCAAAAUGGUAAUGGAUAGAAAAAAACACAUUAGUACAAAAUUACCUUGCAAGCCAUUGGACAGUCCCGUGCCAUCAGAUUCUAGUCUCUCAAUCGGAGAGGAUAGCAAUUGUAGUGGAGAACUAUUUAAAAAUAAAGGCUCCUUGAUGUAUUCCCAUGCAUAUGUUCAACCUACAGAGACACUAUCUAAUUUUUUAUUGGAAGAAGAUGAACCAAAUGAUGUGGAUAUCGAGAGUAAUGUAAUGUCACGCAAUGAUACCGAUCUUCCAUCCAUCUCUGAUUUAAUACGUGACUGCCAAUAUGAAAGUAACAAUUUUCAUUUGGCACAACUGAUGGACAACUGCGACUGGCUGUGUAAUACGAGUGCUUUAUGGUCAUCAAACUAUAGUGGCGACGAAAUUAAAAGAAUCAAGGAAGAAGAAUAUGACGAAGACAGUAAUGAUAGCCCAGUUUCCAUACAAGAGCCUCCAGUUUCUUGGUUUAAAGAAGCAAAGCGUCGUCAACGACCUUGGUUGAAAUCUUUCGUUAACAAUGAAAAAAUACCACGCAUGACUCAUCAAGAAGAAGCAUAUUUGUUGCAAAAGGUCAGUAAGACUGAUCUGGACAAAGCCCCGCCUGCUAUUAGAAGACUAUACAGAAAAUUAGCAGUACGAAAAACGAAAAGAGAGUAUCGGCUUCCUCUGUUGGACGUCGAUUGUUUCGGAUCUAAAUCGGGAGCUCUCGUAAUACCGUCGAGAAACAAUGAUCGGGUAUUGGAUCGAUUUUUUAACGACGAUCUAGAAUGUAUUUUCGAACAAAGAUUGCAGGGUUACAAUGAACCUACAUCUGUACAUAGUCCAUACACAAAUAGACUUUUGAAGCCAUUUAUAAGACGAGAUACUAGUUGUCAUCCAUUAUGGUUAAGAAUCAUGGAAGAAUUAUGUAUGAAAGUAAAUAAAGGUGAUCCACAAUGGAAACUGUCACUUAGGGCAUCCAUCGAUUAUUCUUACAUCAGACCACAACACAUUCCAGCCAUCAACAGUCUCUGUUGUCAAUUCUUUUGGCCUGGUAUAGAUUUGACCGAAUGUUUACAGUAUCCAGACUUUACAUGUGUAGUACUGUAUAAAAAGUUGGUCAUUGGAUUCGCGAUAUUGGUACCAUACGUUGGCUACAACGAAGCCUACAUCUCAUUUUUUUUUACACGUCCGGAGUGGCGAAAAUCUGGCAUCGGCACUUUCAUGUUGUACCACUUGAUACAAACCUGCAUGGGACAAGACGUCACGUUACAUGUGUCGGCCACGAAUCCCGCUUUAAUAUUGUACCAAAAAUUUGGUUUCAAAGUGGAAGAGUUUGUUCAGGACUUUUAUGACAAAUACAUGCCGCCAAAUUCGCGAGAAUGCAAGCACGCUCUGUUUUUACGUUUAAGUAGAUAAUCUUGAUUAAUAAAU